CUUUGAGUCAGGUACUUUCUUUUUCUUUUAUAAAAUAAAUACCGCAGCAACAUUGUUGAAAAUCUUCAUAUAUAUAUAUUUAAUUUAAAUCGUUUUGUUGUGUGCAUUUAGAAAAGUUGAUGUUCUUUCGAAUUCAGAUCUCCCGGUGGUGGUACCCGGAUGCGGGUUUCUACGGCGACGAGCGGAAAGCCAUGGCGGAAGACGGCCCUCAGGCAGCAAUGCCCAGCCGGGACGCCCCCAGACUGGACCUCGCAGAGGUGGGGUCCGAGCCAAGCAUGCUGCUCCGGAAGCUGAGGAGUAACAUUUCUAAGAACAUUCAGAGCAAAGUGGAUUUCAUCCUGCAAGAGGUCCAGCGUUUCUCUGACAGCGAUAAGCUCUACCUGUACCUGCAGCUGCCCUCCGGACCGGGGACGACCGAGAAGAGCGGUGGUGACUCCAACUCCUUCAACACGUCUGACCAGCUGCACGCAUGUAACUGGAUCCGGAGCCACCUGGAGGAGCAUGCGGACACCUGCCUGCCCAAGCAGGACGUGUACGAGGCCUACAGGAGAUACUGUGAUAACCUCCAGUACCGCUCCCUCAGUGCCGCCAACUUCGGCAAGAUCAUCCGCGACAUCUUCCCCAACAUCAAAGCCCGCAGGCUGGGGGGGCGGGGCCAGUCCAAGUACUGCUACAGCGGAAUUCGCCGGAAGAGCGUCCUGAACAUGCCCCUGCUGCCCAGCCUGGACCUCAAGAAUGACCCAUCGGAGCUGACGGAGCUGGUGCAGACGUACAAGCAGGAGGUGACGGAGGCCGCGUGCGAGCUCAUCUGCGACUGGGCGCAGAAGAUCCUGAAGCGCUCCUUCGACACCGUGGUGGAGAUCGCGCGCUUCCUGGUGCAGGAGCACAUCGUCAACCCCCGCUGCAGCCAGGCCGAGCUCAUCACCAGCGCCGCCCUGGCAGGUGGCUCCCCGAAGCCCCAUAAGGUGAUCAAGAGGAACGUGGCCCCGGCAAAAGGGGGCGGAGCAGACGGCGAAGGAGGCGGGCCUGAAAACAAGAAGGACAGAGAGAGGGGCGACCAGGCGUCACCAGGGAAACCAGCUCACGGGGAGAAGCCGGUGAAGGGGGCGGAGGGAGGGCGGGGCACAGCGGGGGGGGCGGGGGCUGGGGGUCGCGACCUGCAGGUGGAGGCGGUGAUGAAGCGCUACCCCCAGCUGCUGCCCCGCGGCUCGGUCCCGGACAAGGCCCCGCCCCCAGCCUGCGCCCGCUCCUCCCCCCCGCCGCUGGCCCCCAAGGACGCGCUGAAGGUCACCCUGCCCAUCACCAUGACUACGCUGCCCCAGCAGCCGGGCGGGGCCACCGCCGUCUUCAACAUGAUCCUGCCCUCUGGGGUGAGCCUCUCCUACCCGGAGAGGGAGAAGGCCCCGCCCGUCACCGUGACAACCACGCCUGGCCCAGCCCCCAGCCCCGGCGUGCUGCAGAAGUCCCGCCUGGCGGCCCCUAAACGGGCCCCGGACCCGUCGCCCGUCGAUGUGGCUGGGGCCACACCCAUGAAGAGGAAGAGGGGCCGGCCCAGGAAGCCACGCCCUGAAGAGGCGGGGCAGUUGCUGCCCCCUUCCCCUGCCGGGCACACCCUCUCGCCCUUUACCGGUGGGGUGAUCCAGAAGGCCUCCUCCUCCUCUUCAUCCUCCUCCUCUUCCUCCUUGGCCCCCCAGCCCCCGCAGCAGCCCCCCCAGCCUGAAAUCAUGGAGAUCGUGAUCCAGGACCAGCACAUCCGCUUCCUGAGCGCAGUCCCCGCCUCCUCUUUGGAGGCUCCGCCCCUCCCGGCCACAGGAGGAGGGGCCACGGCCGUGACGGACAGCCCCCAGGGGCAGCAGAAGAGUGUGGUGGUGCAGUGUUACCGCCCGGGGGCCAGUGGCGACGCCCGUCCCACCCCGGAGGGCCCCCUGGUGCUCCAGAGCCCAUGCGGCCAGCCGGCCAAACCGGGGGGGCCGAGCUGGGGGGUAGGCGGGGCCACGGUGGAGGUCAUCAGACGGGCCCCCAUGGCGCGGGAGGCGAAGGCCAACCCCCCUCCUCUUUCCACCCUGCCGGAGGAGAAGGAGCAGGAGCAGGAGGAGGUGGAGAUCAUCCUCACCCCCGUGGACUCUCUCUCCGAGCCCCCGGUUACCGCCAGCGCCUCGGCCGACGCCCCCUAACCCUGCAUCUGCCUCCCCUCUGGUCUCCAUGGAGAUCAGGAAGCGUCAGUUCGGUCUCUCUGCUUCCAGGACGCGCUAACACACUCGUAGCACCCCUCCAGCCUCUCCCGCUCUUCCCGCCCCCUUUCCGUCCACCUGUGUUAUUGGUGGAAGUCUGAGAUUGGCGCUGGCAGCAGCCAACCAGAUGGAUGAAGCCAAGUCACUUGUAAAUUAGAAGUGGGAAAGCCCUCCUCAGAGCUCCAUUGUUUCUUGAUUAGAUGAAGCGCUUCGGUCCUCACAGUUACUGCAUGUUUCCUUGAGUGAGUGUAAGCCAGGAGCCCUUAGCAACUUUACUUCUGAGUGUUUCAUCUUUAAGUCCUCCUGACGGCGUGGACUCUACGGGUAGAGAUAUUAUUUUUGUUUUACCUUUAAACCUGGAACCAGCUUGGCUCAUUUUAGCCUUACUGAAUUGUAGCCCUACACUAAAGGGCUAUAAUGAGCCAGUCUGGUUCCAUCGCUGCAGUGGGAAAGGGGUAUAAUGAGCCAGCCUGGUUCAGCUCUACAGUGGGAAAGGGCUGUAAUGAGCCAACCUGGUUCCAGCUCUACAGUGGGAAAGGACUAUAAUGAGCCAGCCUGGUUCCAGCUCUACAGAGGGAAAGGGGUAUAAUGAGCCAGCCUGGUUCAGCUCUACAGUGGGAAAGGGCUGUAAUGAGCCAGCCUGGUUCCAGCUCUACAGUGGGAAAGGACUAUAAUGAGCCAGCCUGGUUCCAGCUCUAGAGUGGGAAAGGACUAUAAUGAGCCUGCCUGGUUCCAGCUCUACAGUGGGAAAGGGCUAUAAUGAGCCAGCCUGGUUCCAGCUCUACAGUGGGAAAGGACUAUAAUGAGCCAGCCUGGUUCCAGCUCUACAGUGGGAAAGGGCUAUAAUGAGCCAGUCUGGUUCAGCUGUAGAUUUACCCAGUGUGGUCAUCAUUGGCCCCAGUCUGUUAGCUGUUACUGUUGGCUUUCAAAAAAUGGGUUUGGGGUUGGUUUUCGGUGUUUGUCCUGAGUUUGGCUAACUUGGUUUAAUAAUUGAUCGAGCCAAUCAUCCCUUUUCCUGUGUUAAAGUUAUGAGAAAAGCGUACAUGUCUAUACAUGGUAAAAAUCUGGCCUCCAGAAUAUGAGAACUAUAUUUGUUGUACAUGACAUAUUGUGUAUGGAAGGAUUUCCUAAAUAUGUCACUCAUUUCCUCUUUAAUAUAUGCAAUUUUAUGCAUCCUGUAUGUUGUAAAACAUUUCACAAUUCAUGUCAUUUUGUGCAAUAUAUUUGCAGAAAAUUACGUGUAUGACUGUGGUCAUAAGUGAUCUACAUGUAGUUACAGGCGGGACAUUUUGUCAGUGUGAGAAAGCAGUUUUUUUAUAUUUGAGGUAUUAUGUUUCGUUUCAGAGCAUAUUACUUUUUUGUAAUGGGACAAAAACCAGUCGAACCUGGACCUUUCCGCCAUAGCCUAUGUAACAAGAAAGAGCGCUUAACCGAAACGGAUUGAAAAUAAUUUUGAAUCAGUCAGCUACUCCUGAAAACGACCUCAGUAUGAUUGCAGGCAGGAGACGAUUAGCAAAAUUUUGCACAAGCCCAUCAAAUUAGAAAGUAGACGAAACAGCUGUAAAUCGGUGAUCACGAGGCCCAGGAGCGUAAUAACAUUGCUUUGGAUUUUAGCGAAAAUACACUGCCAUUAUUGCACUAUAUUGUAGCAACUGAAAUUAUGGCAAUACGGGAGAAUGAGAACGCGUUGAUUGUAACUCCCGCGGAGCUGAACGUUUGCACUCACGUGCCCCCCCGAGUGCGGUUCGUGUCAGAAAACGCGUGACGUCCUCAGUGGAGCUGCCGGUAAGCUCAAGCGAACGGCAAACGUAAUUAAAUUCGAAUUGUCCCGUUACUAUAGCCGUGUAUGGAGCAGGAAAAUUAAUUAUUUCGUUUUUUGGAUUUUUGUUGGUUAUUACAAAUGAGAAGAGAGUUAUCGUUUAUUUUUAAAGAUAUGUUUAUUUUUUAAUAUACAGACUAUUUAUGAGGAAAUUGCACUUGGGGAGUUAAACACGUCGCAUUGGUACAAGUAUUGACCUCAGAUGUUUUGUGUAGGCCUGUUUAAAAUUUAAGGAAACCAGAAAUUUGAAUCAGUUUGAUGACAAAUGGGAAAACUAUUUAUAACAGUAAUAAUUCGUCCGGUUUCCCUCCAACGACCUGGGUCCUGCACUUUAUUAUUAUAAUUUUUUUAAACCUGCAUAUAAUAUUGAUUGUCUUUUUAAACGGUGUGCAUGAUAUGGGGUUGGUCUUCUGAAGGAUUAUCCUGGUGGUUUUUGUGUGUUAUUUUGAAUGUAGCCUACGUUAAUUCUUCCUCACGUUUCUUUCAUAUAUUUUAGUUGACUGACUUUUAUGCUUCCUUUUUAAAACGAGCCCAAAUGAAAUUACGCCGUCUAAUGUGAAUAUAUUUUGCAUAAACAUUACUGUAAUAAAUGUUGUGUACAUAUGUGUUUGUGGAUGAAAAGCGCCGUUUUGUUCAUCUAUUGUUGCCUAGAAAGUAAAAUUUACGGUCAGUCCCACAAUUCA